AGCAGCAGAACUCCACCCAUACGGGACUGCUGGGGAGAACUCCUCAGACUGGGACUCCCUGAGUAACAUGGACCAGGACAAACACUGAGGACUGCCAUGUAGUCUCACUUCACAUGUCACACAGCCGCUCUGAGCUCGGUUCACAGACGCUCUGCCAGCUCCUUCAGGUUCACUGACCAGAGACAAAUAUUUGCAAAUGAAAUCAGACACAAGGUGCAGUGAGAGCUCUUCACCUUCAUGAAGAUGGCUCCGACGUUUGCUCUGCUGCUCCUUAUCCAGCUCGUGUUGUUCACCGCUGUGUCAUCAAAGAAAGUGUGCCCCCGCCCUUCUGUCGCUGACGGCAUCGAUGAGCUGAUUUUAAAACGAGUGUACGAGGUCGGAGAGGAGGUGACCCUCACAUGUGAACAGGGAUACCUGCCGUCAACAACGACCCCACGCAGGAUGACCUGCACCCCCACAGGAGAGUGGACUCUGAUGUCUGACCUGGCAUGCUCCCCUAAGAUGUGCCCGAUCCCCGGCCCUCUGCAGCCGUUAGCCAUGGGGAGGACAGAAGCUCCGUUUAAGACUGUGCUCAACUUCUCGUGUGAUGACGGGUACGUCAUGAUAGGAGUCAACGCGAGCAGUUGUUUACAUGAUGGGACCUGGAGCAACCCACCGCCUCUCUGCAAAGCCGUGAACUGUCCGCUGCCCCAGCCUCCCAGAGAGGGUCGGAUUUUCCAUGAUAAGACGGUCACCGGAACCAAAACCAUGUACGGGCAGGGCUGGACCUACGAGUGUAACCCACCCAAGGCCCCGAGUCACGAGAGGGGAUCCUGCAUGGCUGACGGGAGUGUGACCGAGCCUCCCGUGUGCAGAGACGUGAGCUGCUCCGCCCCCACAGGCAUACCAAACGGUUUCAUUACCUUUGCUGUGAUCAGACCUCACGGCUACAAAGAGAAGCUGAAAUACGGCUGCAAUGAGCACUAUGUCCUGGAUGGUGACGCUGAGAUUCAGUGCCAGAACACCGGAAACUGGUCUGCCAAGCCGGUGUGCAGAGCUCCCUGCACGGUCGGCAUCAAAAGAGGUCGUAUCUUCUACAACUCCAAGAAGCUGUGGAUCGCUGACCUGAAGCCUAACAGAGUCCUCCACGGAGAACAUGUGGCGCUCUACUGUAUGAACAAAGCUGACAGGUGCGGCUACCCUGUGGCCACCACCUGUAACGAUGGGACACUGCCCAUCCCAGAGUGCUUUGAGGAGCCAGGAAAGAUGGACUACACCUUGAGGGCUAAAAGCCUUCCAUCAGAAAUCCAGAUGUGUGCUACUUCACCCCCAGCAAGCCCUGCAACACCUGCAACACCUGCGACACCUGCAAGAGCUGCUACAGCCGUAUAACUUUACAGAAAACAACAUUAAUGAUGACUCUAUGAUAAGCAUCUUUCAUUGACGGUCACAUGUUUCACUUUGUCUGUCACUUCAGUAAUAAAGUUAUUGUUUUGAUCGACACACAAAUAA